AUGGAGCUGCUUUUCCUGUCUGUAAAAUGCAAGAAAGAAAAUGGUGAUCAUCGAUUUUUGUUAAAUCCUAUUUUGAAAGUUAAUAUUGAAAAUGGAGAAGGCAUUAAAAUAAAAGUGGAUUACGAAUGUAAUUUUACUUUUCACGUACCUAAGACUUAUCCGAAAAAUAAAGAAAGUAAGAGUGAUACUAACUCGAUGACAGAAAUAACUGAAGUUAAAUAG